GAUAGACCAAAUCAACUGGCCACAGCAACUAAAGCUGGGAGUGGGAAAAUGAACGAUCUGUGAAGGUAGUUUGGGAAAAACGUACCGUUGGAUUACUUGUUAAAUAAUCAUUAUUCAUCAUGAACGUGGGCUUUGCACUCGUUCUCCUCUGGUCUCUCCCAAUAACCAAUGUGCUUGCAGAGCUGCCACAACCUCAGAACCUGACUCUGCUCACCCUGAACACACAGUACGUACUGACGUGGGACUGGGACCAGACGACCACAGGCAACGCUGUUACCUUUACUGUAGAGUACAUAGCGAAGUACAAGAUGAAGAGGAAGAAGUGGAACUGGAGCGGUGUCUGUGAAAGGAGCACACACACCCGCUGUGACCUCACAGGUUCUGAUCUGUACUACCUGGGCAAAUACAUGCUCCGAGUCCAAGCCAGCGCAGACGGAGUCAACUCACACUGGGUCUACAUAGAAUUCUGCCCUGAUAAAAACGCUUCUUUGGGCCCACCGUCCAGGGUGGAGCUGGCUCCUGUGAGGAACCUGCUGGAUGUGACCAUCUCUGAUCCCCUGAACAGCACCCAGGGCUCCAUGAAGGAACACGUCCCCUUCCUGGACUACCGCAUCCUGUACUGGAGCCGCUCUGAUGACCCUCAGGGUCUGAAGCCUAAAGUGGUGGACUCUAGCAACAACCUGGUGACGCUGCCUGAGCUGGAGGCCUGGACGUGGUACUGUGUCAUGAUCCAGUCUCGCUAUUACUACUACAACAAGACUAGCAGCUACACAGAACCCCAGUGCAUGCAGACAGAGGGUGACACCCCGUACUGGCAGAUCUUCCUAUACUUCCUGGUCUCCAUGACGCUGUGUUUCCUGCUCGUGUUGCUUCCCUCCUACGCCUUCUUCAGGUUCUACAGAGUCCUCAAAAACACCGUUUACCCCUCUAUCCAGCUGCCUGCACACAUCCAGGAGUACCUCUGUGACUCCUCCCCCGGCUCCGACAUGCCCCGCCUCCUCACUGCUGAUUCAGAGGCGGAGCUGUGCUGUGAUAAGCUGACCAUCUGUCCUGAGGUGUUGCUCCUGGACAUACAUGUCCCUCCUCCUCUCACAGCGCCCCCCUCAGAGCUGGAGCAGGACAGCGGCAAGCACAUCCGCCAGGACAGCGGAGACUCUGGGAUCUACUCCACAGAGGGAGGCUCCGCCCAGCAGGGUCGUAGUGGUGGGGAGCCAAUCAGGAGAGACCAGGAAGUGGACUCCUGGCAGACACUGGAGCAGGUCAAGAUGGAGGCGAUGGGGAGAGAGUCGGCCGACGAAAGAGAUCUGGACGAGGGGGUUGUGGAUGUGUGCGUCUGAGGAGAAAUGGAGAGCUGGGUGGAAAGACCAUCAAUGAUGGUUGGCGAUUUGUAAUGAGGAAAUGAGAAUGGUCGCACAGAAUGUUCUCAAGUCUCCGUCUUGCUGCCUCUCCAUAAAGGUCACUGUGAAGAGAAUGACGUAUGAGCCAAAGACGCAUCGUCACCUGUCCUGCCUACAUUAAAGGAAAAAUCUACUCCAAAACUAUCUUAUAAUAUUGUUUCGUUAGUCCACUGUUGAUACAGUCCCAAAUUGUUUUGCAUGUCAACAGACAAGUUUUCAAAAUAUUGGACUUUCAAGAAGCAAAGUGUCACAUGAUGUAAAAUGCAUCAUUGUGUGGCAAGUGACACUUCUUGAAAGUCCAAUACCUUAAACUUGUCUGUUGACAUGCAAAACAUUUUGGGACUGUAUCAUCAGUGGACUAAUGAAUCCCAUGUUGCUGUGUGUUUAAGGGUAUAGAAACAAGCUUAAAAGUGUCAGAUUUGGUAUGGGGGGCACAUUGACUUCAAGAUGUCUAAAAGACCCCAGUCCACCUUUCUUUUCUAUGACUUGGGUAUAGAAGCUGAUAAGGGUCGUGUUGGUUCCAGACUUAGUGCACUGUUGUUGCUCGAGUCUUUCACAACGUCAGCAACGUGGGGCCUUCCUCUUGACACAGCCUGGUAUAGUGGUCCUGGAUGGCAGGGAGCUCUGCCCGAGUGAUGUACUGGGCCGUAUGCACCCCACUUUGUAGCGCCUGGCGAUCGGGUGCCUUGUAGAUGCCGUUCCAAGCGGUAAUGCAGCCAGUCAAGACGCUCUCGAUGGUGCAGCUGUAGAACAGCCUCCCGAGGUGUAGAGGCGCCGUCAUGCCCUCUUCUCAACUGUGUGUAUGGACCUUAAGUCCUUAGUGAUUUGGACACUGAGGAACUUGAAGCUCUCGACCUGCUUCACUACCGCCCCAUUGAUGUGGAUGGGGGCGUGUGUUCGCCCCUCCGGUUCCUCUAGUCCACGAUCAGCUCCUGUGGUCUUGCUGACGUUGAGGGAGAGGUUGUUGUCCUGGCACCACACUACCAGGUUUCUGAACUCCACCCUAUAGGCUGCCUCUUCGUCCUACGUGAUAAGUCCUACCACCGUCGUGUCGUCAGCAUACUUGGUGUUGGACUCGUGCGCAGUCAUGGGUGAACGGAAUACAGGAGGGGACUAAG